UAGUCCUCAGGAUGUCGCCUACAGUAGUGCUCAGGAUGUCACCUACAGUAGUGCUCAAGAUGUCGCCUGGAGUAGUCCUCAGGAUGUCACCUACAGUAGUGCUCAGGAUGCCACCUACAGUAGUCCUCAGGAUGUCACCUGCAGUAGUUCUCAGGAUAUCACCUGCAGUAGUCCUCAGGAUGUCACCUAUAGUAGUGCUCAGGAUGUCGCCUGCAGUAGUCCUCAGGAUGUCACCUGCAGUAGUUCUCAGGAUGUCACCUGCAGUAGUCCUCAGGAUGUCACCUAUAGUAGUGCUCAGGAUGUCGCCUGCAGUAGUCCUCAGGAUGUCACCUGCAGUAGUUCUCAGGAUGUCACCUGCAGUAGUUCUCAGGAUGUCACCUGCAGUAGUCCUCAGGAUGUCACCUGCUGUAGUUCUCAGCAUGUCACCUGCAGUAGUUCUCAGGAUGUCACCUGCAGUAGUUCACAGGAUGUCACCUGCAGUAGUUCUCAGGAUGUCACCUGCAGUAGUCCUCAGGAUGUCACCUGCAGUAGUUCUCAGGAUGUCACCUGCAGUAGUUCUCAGGAUGUCACCUGCAGUAGUUCUCAGGAUGUCACCUGCAGUAGUUCUCAGGAUGCCACCUGCAGUAGUCCUCAGGAUGUCACCUGCAGUAGUUCUCAGGAUGUCACCUGCAGUAGUCCUCAGGAUGUCACCUGCAGUAGUUCUCAGGAUGUCACCUGCAGUAGUCCUCAGGAUGUCACCUGCAGUAGUCCUCAGGAUGUCACCUGCAGUUGUUCACAGGAUGUCACCUGCAGUAGUUCUCAGGAUGUCACCUGCAGUAGUCCUCAGGAUGUCCCCUGCAGUAGUUCUCAGGAUGUCACCUGCAGUAGUUCUCAGGAUGUUGCCUGCAGUAGUUCUCAGGAUGUCACCUGCAGUAGUCCUCAGGAUGUCACCUGCAGUAGUCCUCAGGAUGUCACCUGCAAUUGUUCACAGGAUGUCACCUGCAGUAGUUCUCAGGAUGUCACCUGCAGUAGUCCUCAGGAUGUCCCCUGCAGUAGUUCUCAGGAUGUCACCUGCAGUAGUUCUCAGGAUGUUGCCUGCAGUAGUUCUCAGGAUGUCACCUGCAGUAGUCCUCAGGAUGUCACCUGCAGUAGUCCUCAGGAUGUCACCUGCAGUUGUUCACAGGAUGUCACCUGCAGUAGUUCUCAGGAUGUCACCUGCAGUAGUCCUCAGGAUGUCCCCUGCAGUAGUUCUCAGGAUGUCACCUGCAGUAGUUCUCAGGAUGUUGCCUGCAGUAGUUCUCAGGAUGUCACCUGCAGUAGUUCUCAGGAUGUCACCUGCAGUAGUUCUCAGGAUGUCACCUGA